AUGGCGGCCGUACAAGGCGGUAUGGCCGACGAUGUUGAAAUGAAGGAGAUUAAAACAGAACCACCCGCUGAUGCCGUCGUAAACAACAAUGCUAAUGACGGAAGGGUACUUUCUACGUCGUCCGGGCCCGGAUCUACUGUUGAAAGUAACAAACCAGUGACAGGAGCUCUAGAGGAGAAGCAGACAUUGCUGGCAAUUCUGCAAUUCCUUAAAAAAAACCAACUGUCUGAGUCUGUCGAUAUUUUACGUCGCGAAGCUGGAUUACCCCCGGAAUUGUUCGACGUGAAAGCAGGCGACACUUCCUCGGGUUCUGGAGGUCCAACUGGGACUGUUGAAGGAGGAGGUGUGGAAGCUAACGCUCUACUGAGCCGAGUGACAUCCUCCUCCGGAGCCCAGGCGCCAACCAUAACUUGUAUUUCAGUGCCUCCUGCAGAGGACCAGCCAGAUGUGAGUGUGGUAUUGUCUGCUUACAGCCAGCAGGGAGAUCCAGCACUCUAUGAGGUUUAUUACAGCAGCUUGAAAAAGUUUAUUGAAACGGUUUUGGAUUGUCAUAGAGCAGAACUGUCCCAGGUUUUCUACCCACUUUUUGUACACAUGUACCUGGAACUGGUAUACAACAACCAUGAGAAUGUGGCCAAGGCGUUCUUUGAAAAGUUCAGCGGGGAUCAAGAGUGUUAUUACAGGGAAGACCUUCAAAUAUUGUCGGGUUUGACAAAGAAGGAGCACAUGAGGGGGAAUGAGACUCUACUGGACUUCCGCACGAGCAAGUUUGUCCUGCGAAUAUCCCGUGAUUCAUAUCAAUUGCUCAAGAGGCACUUGCAGGAGCGCCAGAACAAUCAGAUCUGGAACAUCAUCCAGGAGCACCUCUACAUUGACAUCUUUGAUGGCAUGCCACGCAGCAAGAGCCAGAUUGAUGCUAUGUCUGGUAGUCUGGCUGGAGAAGGCAAGAGAGAAGCAAAUAAAGCAAAGGUUUAUUAUGGAUUGCUUAAGGAACCUGAAAUAGAAUUGCCACUUGAUGAUGAGGAUGAGGAAGCGGAAAAUGAGGAGGGUAAACCCAAGAAGAAGAAACCCAAAAAGGACAGCAUGGGUUCCAAGAGUAAGAAGCAGGAUCCCAAUGCACCUUCACAAACAAGGAUACCUCUUCCAGAACUAAAAGACUCAGAUAAACUAGACAAGAUCAUGUACAUGAAAGAGGCAACCAAGAGGAUCAGACUGGGACCAGAUAACCUCCCAUCCAUUUGCUUUUACUCUUUCCUCAAUGCGUACCAGGGUUUAACUGCUGUAGACUUCACAGAUGACUCCAGUUUGAUUGCAGGCGGCUUCGCUGACUCAUCAGUAAGAGUGUGGAGUGUCACUCCCAAAAAACUUCGCAAGGUCAAGUCAGCAGCAGACUUAAAUCUGAUUGAUAAAGAGUCAGAUGAUGUGCUGGAGAGGAUCAUGGAUGAAAAGACAGCCAGUGAAUCCAAGAUCCUGUAUGGGCACAGCGGUCCCGUUUAUGGUAUCAGCUUUAGUCCAGACAGGAACUACCUGCUAUCGAGUUCGGAAGAUGGUACAGUGAGGCUGUGGAGUCUCCAAACCUUUACCUGUCUGGUGGGUUACAAAGGUCAUAACUACCCCGUGUGGGACACCCAGUUUUCUCCUCAUGGGUACUAUUUUGUCUCUGGGGGACAUGACAGAGUUGCCCGUCUAUGGGUUACAGACCACUAUCAACCUCUACGCAUGUUCGCUGGUCAUCUGGCAGACAUCACUUGCACCCGCUUCCACCCCAACUCUAACUACGUGGCAACAGGAUCCUCCGACCGUACAAUCCGGCUGUGGGAUGUUCUGAAUGGGAAUUGUGUUCGCAUCUUCACUGGUCACAAGGGUCCGAUCCAUGCGCUGUCAUUCUCUCCCAAUGGAAAGUUUUUGGCUUCUGGGGCAACUGAUGGAAGAGUUCUUCUUUGGGACAUUGGUCACGGACUCAUGAUUGGAGAGCUCAAAGGCCAUACAGACACCAUCUUCUCUCUCAGGUUCAGCAGGGAUGGUGAAAUUCUGGCCUCUGGCUCUAUGGAUAACACGGUUCGUUUAUGGGAUGCAAUGAAAGCAUUUGAUGAUUUGGAGACAGACGAUUUCACCGCAACGACAGGACACAUUCAUUUACAAGAUAACUCGCAGGAACUUCUGCUUGGUUGCUACACAACUAAAUCCUCUCCAGUCCUACACCUUCACUUCACCCGCAGAAACCUGCUGUUGGCAGCCGGUGCUUACAAUCCAUAA